AUGGAGGUGCUCACCUUUGACAGUCUCGAGGAGGCAGAGGCAAAGCUGAACUCCCUGAAGCUCGGAGAAAUUGACGAGGGUGGCGGCAUCAUUUUCAAGGCUGGUGUUCCUGUUGCCGAGAAGUUGGUGUUGAAGUACUGCGAGAAGGAAGACUUCCAUGGAUUCCUCAAGGAUGUCACCAAAGAACCUGAGCGGCCUCUUGAGCGGUCACUUGAGGACAACAUCAAGGCUGUGACAGAAGCUUUGCUUGAGCGGAUCAAUGAACUGAAGAAGCUGGCACCCGAAAUCGCACGGCUCAAGGCAGACGCACAGCAUCCUGUGGUGCUUUGUCACUUCUAUUUGCAUUUCACCGCGGUUGAUCAAGUCAAGCUUUGA